ACCGCCCCGGCGGGGACAGGCGUGAAAGCAAAAUGGCAGGAAACAGCCUUGUUCUGCCCAUCGUCCUGUGGGGCCGUAAAGCCCCCACGCACUGCAUAUCCACCCUGCUGCUCAUGGAGGAUGCGUCGAUGAUCGUCACGGGAUGCCAUGAUGGACAGAUAUGUCUCUGGGACCUUUCUUUGGAUUUAGAGAUUAAUCCCAGAGCUCUGUUGUUUGGUCAUACAGCCUCAGUUACUUGUUUAUCAAAGGCUUCUGCUUCCAGUGAAAAGCAGUAUAUAGUGAGUGCAUCAGAAAGCGGGGAGAUGUGUCUGUGGGAUGUGAAUGAUGGGAGGUGCAUAGAGUUUACUAAACUAGCCUGUGCACAUACUGGCAUACAGUUCUAUCAGUUUACAGUUGGGACUCAGCGUGAAGGGAGACUAUUAUGCCAUGGACACUAUCCAGAAAUUCUUGUUGUGGAUGCUACCAGCCUUGAAGUUCUUUAUUCUUUAUUGUCAAAGAUAUCACCUGACUGGAUCAGCUCUAUGACUAUCAUUCGAUCCAAUAGAACACAAGAGGAUACUGUUGUAGCGGUUUCGGUGACUGGCAUCCUGAAAGUAUGGAUAAUAACCUCUGAAGUUAGUCGGAUGCAGGAUACAACACCAGUAUUUGAAGAGGAGUCCAAACCUAUUUAUUGUCAAAACUGUCAAAGCAUUUCUUUCUGUGCGUUUACCCAGCGGUCGUUGUUGGUAGUGUGUUCCAAAUACUGGAGGGUUUUUGAUGCUGGAGACUAUUCCCUCUUAUGUUCAGUCCCUAGUGAAAAUGAUCAGACCUGGACGGGUGGCGACUUUGUGUCAGCUGAUAAAGUGAUUGUAUGGACGGAAGAUGGACAAAGUUUCAUAUAUAAAUUACCAGCCAGCUGUCUACCAGCUAGCGAUUCAUUUCGCAGAGAUGUGGGGAAAGCAGUAGAAAAUUUAAUUCCGCCUUUAUUGUACAGUGUGUUGGACAGAGCAGAUAAACAGCUACUAAUAUGUCCUCCAGUUACCCGAUUCUUCUAUGGACAUAGGGAGUUUUCUUAUAAACUGUUAAUCCAAGGAGACUCUUCAGGGAGACUGUGUAUUUGGAGUGUGCCUGAUACUCUUGAACAACAAGAUAGUGCAAAAGGACUGCAAACAACAACUUCAAUAUCCCUCCAGGAAGCUUUUGAUAAACUUACUCCUCGCCCUGCUGGGAUUAUAGACCAACUAAGCUUAAUACCAAACAUCAAUGAACCACUAAAAGUUACAGCCAGUGUGUAUAUCCCAGCACAUGGGCGUUUGGUUUGUGGUCGUGAAGAUGGAAGCAUUGUUAUUGUGCCAGCAACGCAAACUGCUAUAGUUCAGCUGCUGCAAGGAGAGCAUAUGCUUAGGAGAGGUUGGCCACCUCACCGGACUCUCCGAGGCCAUCGAAACAAAAUCACAUGUUUACUGUAUCCUCAUCAGGUUUCUUCUCGUUACGAUCAAAGGUAUUUGAUCUCAGGUGGUGUGGAUUUCUCAGUCAUCAUAUGGGAUAUAUUUUCUGGAGAGAUGAAACAUAUCUUCUGUGUACAUGGUGGAGAAAUUACACAGCUUCUAGUUCCACCAGAAAACUGUAGUGCAAGAGUCCAGCACUGUAUUUGCUCAGUUGCCAGUGAUCACUCAGUAGGGCUUCUGAGUCUGCGGGAGAAAAAAUGCAUCAUGCUGGCAUCCCGUCACCUUUUCCCUAUUCAAGUAAUAAAAUGGAGGCCUUCCGAUGACUAUCUGGUGGUAGGAUGUUCAGAUGGGUCUGUGUACGUCUGGCAAAUGGAUACUGGUGCGCUGGACAGGUGUGUGAUGGGAAUAACAGCAGUGGAAAUCCUGAAUGCCUGUGAUGAGGCAGUCCCAGCAGCUGUGGACUCCCUGAGCCAUCCCGCUGUCAACCUGAAGCAGGCCAUGACUAGGCGUAGCCUGGCUGCUCUGAAAAACGUGGCACAUCAGAAACUACAGACUCUUGCCACUAACCUGCUUGCUUCCGAAGCAUCUGAUAAGGGGAAUUUACCUAAAUAUUCACAUAACUCCCUGAUGGUUCAAGCUAUAAAGACUAACUUAACAGAUCCAGAUAUACAUGUGCUCUUCUUUGACGUAGAAGCCCUGAUUAUUCAGCUGCUGACUGAGGAGGCUUCCAGACCCAACACUGCACUCAUUUCUCCGGAGAAUCUACAGAAAGCCUCUGGUGGGUCUGACAAAGGAGGUUCCUUCUUGACUGGUAAACGAGCAGCCGUCCUCUUCCAGCAGGUCAAGGAAACAAUCAAAGAGAAUAUAAAAGAGCAUCUUCUUGAUGAUGAAGACGAGGAUGAAGAAUUGAUAAGACAGAGAAGAGAAGACGGUGACCCAGAAUAUCGCUCUAGCAAAUCUAAACCGUUAACUUUAUUAGAAUAUAAUCUAACCAUGGACACAGCAAAGCUUUUUAUGUCCUGUCUUCAUGCCUGGGGCCUGAAUUCUGUUCUAGAUGAGCUUUGCCUCGAUCGUCUUGGAAUGCUUAAGCCACACUGUUCAGUGUCCUUUGGCCUCCUGUCUAGAGGAGGCCAUAUGUCUCUGAUGCUUCCUGGCUAUAAUCAGCCUGUAGGCAAACCAUCGUAUGAUAGCGUGGAGUUAGGAAGGAAAAUGUCCAUUACAGAAGGACUGGGAAAGGGGACGUACGGUGUAUCGCGUGCUGUCACCACUCAGCAUCUCCUGUCUGUUAUCUCCCUGGCCAACACACUGAUGAGUAUGACCAAUGCAACUUUUAUCGGCGACCACAUGAAGAAAGGCCCAACCAGGCCACCUAGGCCAGGCACUCCUGAGAUGUCAAAAGCGAAGGCACCCCCUUCAAUUUCAAGUCACGCAGCCCAAGGACAAAUUAAGCAAGUUGCUCCUGCUGUUUCUUCUAGCACUGAAGCUGGUCACUCUGGCUCUGACACUGCUCCUACUUUACAUACCUGUUUCUUAGUCAAUGAAGGGUGGAGCCAGCUCGCUGCUAUGCACUGUGUAAUGCUCCCCGACCUGUUGGGACUGGAUAAAUUCAGACCUCCUCUUCUGGAGAUGCUGGCUCGCAGGUGGCAGGAUCGAUGCUUGGAGGUAAGAGAAGCUGCCCAGGCCUUAUUGCUAGCAGAACUGAGAAGAAUUGAGCAGGCAGGUCGGAAAGAAACCAUUGAUGCGUGGGCUCCUUAUUUACCACAGUACAUGGACAGCGUUAUAUCACCUGGAGUAACCACGGAAGCCAUUCAAACUGGCAGUGCAAGCCCAGAUUCAUUGGGAACAGAAGCAAAAGUUCAGGAAGAAGAGCAUGAUCUGGUUGAUGAUGACAUUGCGGCAGGUUGUCUGUCUGGUCUCCCACAAAUGAAAAAGAUAUCUACAUCUUAUGAAGAGAGACGGAAGCAAGCCACGGCCAUCGUCCUGCUGGGAGUGAUCGGGGCAGAAUUUGGAGCUGAAAUCGAACCUCCAAAACUUCUCACUCGACCACGUAGUUCCAGUCAAAUUCCUGAGGGAUUUGGUUUGACUAGUGGUGGAUCAAAUUAUUCCUUGGCAAGGCAUACCUGCAAGGCGCUGACGUUUCUGCUGCUGCAGCCGCCCAGCCCCAAGCUGCCCGCGCACAGCACCAUCCGCAGAACCGCCAUCGACCUCAUCGGCCGCGGCUUUACCGUCUGGGAGCCCUACAUGGACGUCUCCGCCGUGCUGAUGGGCCUGCUGGAGCUCUGUGCUGACGCGGAGAAACAGCUUGCUAACAUCACAAUGGGGCUGCCCCUGAGCCCAGCCGCUGACUCUGCCCGCUCAGCACGGCAUGCUCUCUCCCUCAUCGCCACCGCCAGACCACCCGCCUUCAUCACCACCAUCGCCAAGGAGGUGCACAGACACACUGCCCUCGCAGCGAACACGCAGUCUCAGCAGAAUAUUCACACCACCACUCUUGCUCGGGCCAAAGGAGAGAUCCUGAGAGUCAUUGAGAUACUAAUUGAGAAGAUGCCUACCGAUGUUGUGGACCUUCUUGUGGAGGUUAUGGACAUCAUCAUGUAUUGCCUUGAAGGAUCUUUAGUUAAGAAAAAGGGUCUUCAGGAGUGCUUUCCAGCUAUCUGCAGGUUCUACAUGGUCAGCUAUUACGAGCGGAGUCACAGAAUAGCAGUGGGAGCUCGCCAUGGUUCAGUGGCCCUCUACGACAUCCGGACUGGGAAAUGUCAGACUAUCCAUGGCCAUAAAGGACCGAUAACUGCAGUGGCUUUUGCCCCCGAUGGCAGGUACCUCGCCACGUACUCCAAUUCUGACAGCCACCUCUCCUUCUGGCAGAUGAACACCUCUCUCCUGGGGAGCAUCGGCAUGCUGAACUCCGCGCCCCAGCUCCGCUGCAUCAAAACCUACCAGGUGCCCCCAGUCCAGCCGGCCUCGCCGGGCUCCCACAACGCCCUCAGGCUGGCACGGCUCAUCUGGACCUCCAACCGGAACGUCAUUCUCAUGGCUCACGACGGCAAGGAGCAUCGCUUUAUGGUCUAGGCCGGGAGAAGGAAGGCGACGGCGCUGGGGAACGUGCUCCUUGCGUGGCGCAGCAGAAGCGGGGGAUCAGUAACACUGUGAUGGUGCUCCUCGGCCAGAGCCGCAGCGGCAGGAAUCAAACCAGGCUUUGCAGCCGGGCUGAACCCAGCCCCUUCCUCGCUGGAUGUUGAGUUCACGCAGCAGCCCUCAUUAAACACGUUUUUCCUUUGGAGACUCUCGCAGAAUCUCAGUGUUUACCAAAAAGGCUCGUGUUUACAUGUACUUUCUCCUAGUGACCACUGAAUGAUGGCGGGUGAUGCACCUUAGAGCUAGGCACUCGGGUUUCUUACUGAGGGGCUCAUGCCUCGGGAUGGGGA